GAAUGCUCAGGCUUUCUCUCGCGAGGAAGGACGCCAUUAUCGGAAUCCUCACAAACAACACGAGAAUUCAUCGUUCACACGACGCAGGUUUGAAUGAUGGCAGAGCAAGAUUUGGUGGAGAUCGUCCAGAUCGCAGUGGCAGAUUUGAAUCAUGAAGGACAUCAAACAGAUGUCCUGGAGAAUAAUGAAGACGCUGAUCCACCAGGCAGGAAACGAGCAAGGCUGGACAUUAGCCAAGAAACCUCUAUUAAGUCGAUGCUGGUGUCCAUCAGUCAGGCUGUCUGCCAGCGGCUGGACAGCAUGGAGGCCAAGCUGCAGGUGCUUGAGGCCACCUGUCGAGGUUUAGUCGAGAAGCUGGACACAGUGAUGGGGAAAAACCAGUCGACCAUCCAGGUCCCCAUGGUGUCAGGCUCCCCGUUUGGAGCCACUCAGACCUGCGACAAAGUACGCUGUGUUGUUCCUCAUACAAAUGUUAUAGUGAGUGGAGACCGGCCGAAGACGCGGGAGGAAACUUCACCGCGUGCCUCAGACUCUUUAGAGAACCUGCUCAGCAAUACUGUUGGGCGAGGAAGACAGAAGACGAUAUUGCUGAAGGUUCCCAUCCAGGAAGAGGUUCAGGAGGAUCAGGAAAGCGGCUCUGAAACGAGCGAUUCGGUGUCCAACAGCGGCCAGCCUUUAUCUCAGAAUACCAACAACGUAACACUCAUCACUCUCAACUCAGAGGAGGACUAUCCGGCAGGAACGUGGCUGGGUGAUGAGAACAACCCUGAGAUGCGCGUGCGCUGUCCGGUAUCUCCAGCAGACAUGCUGCACAUCAGCACCAACUGUCGCACGGCAGAGAAGAUGGCGCUGACGCUGCUGGACUACCUGUUCCACCGCGAGGUGCAGGCCGUCUCCAACCUCUCCGGACAGGGGAAGCACGGCAAGAAACAGCUGGACCCACUCAUGAUCUACGGCAUCCGAUGUCACCUGUUCCACAAGUUCACAGUUACCGAAUCCGACUGGUACCGCAUCAAGCAGAGCAUCGACUCCAAAUGUCGCACGGCUUGGCGGCGGAAGCAGCGAGGACAGAGUUUGGCGGUUAAGAGUUUCUCACGACGAACCCCCGCCUCGCAAAGCAGCUCAGAUGGAGUGUCGGCCGCAGAGACGUCGGCUAUCGAGACCUCUACCCAGCAGGCUUUGCACUACGCUCUGGCUGGAGCCGCACAGCAAGUCCAGAUUCACCGUAUAGGAGAAGACGGACAGGUGCAAGUCGGCAACCUACAGAUCCACCAAGUACAUGUUGGGCAAGAUGGCCAGGUAAAUGUUCUAAGAGGACCGCAGCUCAUCGCAGUGGCGUCGACCGACGGGACCGGCGGGGUUGACGCGUCUCCACUCCAGGGUAACGAUAUUCAGGUGCAAUACGUCCAGCUGGGAACAGUGACCGACCACACCGGCACAGUACAAGCUGAAGCUCUUACUCCAGCGCUGCAGGCGGAGAUGGACGUGAAGGAGGCCAUUCAGCUCCAGCAAGCCGAGAACGGAGAGGUGGUUCAGAUUCAGAUGCCAGGCACUUGAGUCGCUCGUGCAAACUUCUCACGUGUGCGUAUACAAAGAUAUUCGGCUAAAGCAUCAAGGAGAGGGUGAACCCGAGGAGCGUGGCCACUCAAACUCAAAUUAUCUACCAAAACCACAGCCUUCAGUCAACAAUUUUCAACUAAUUCCAAGUAAAACAAAUGCAAUUUGUUGUAACAUGUCAGCUCGUAUGGAAACUACUAGCCGUCCCACCAAAAACAGUCACGGCGUCCAGUCUGCUUGGUAAUGUAUAAGCAAUGCUGGUUUCAUCGCUGGCUCAUCCAAUCUCUCCGACACUGAACAAAACAGAAAAGAACAGAAGGCUUUUUCCUCUCCGGUCUAUCUGAAGUACCUCAUACGCAAGGAACAAGCAUGUUUAACUGAAGAUUCGAGCAGACGGUCGAGUUACUGGGUUUAAACCGGUCACAAGUGUCAUUUUUAGUACAUGAGCAUCACACUUUGUAGACUUUUGCUUAUAUGAUAUUUCAAAAAAGCAGCAGUUUAAAAUAUGCUAUAAACCAUAAUCCGAGAUUUUUCCGUUUUGCAAUCCUUUUGUGAAUUUUGUGUGCGUGUGUGUGUUUGUAUUGGUGAAGAUCUGGGGGUUUAUUUGGGGGCCGCCUGUCUUCAUUCAUCAAUUAUCAAUUUGUUUUCAUAAUGGUUAGUCUAAAUAUUUUUUGUUUAUUGUACAGAAAAAAAUAAACUACUGAAAGUUUUGUGGCGCUUUUGUAGGGCAGUUUACGAAUACACAGGAAAAUGACGACAGUGAACUGUGUUAAUGUAGUAUAUGAAAUAUGUACUUUUUCAUAUAUAUAUAUAUA